AUGAUCAUAAAUGAGCAGCAUGACCUGGACAAAGCCAAGGAGAAUGUUUAUAUUCUUCAAGAAGGUUUGGUCUUCUCUUUAUUCGGUGCCCAAAUAAAGUUUUUUCACGACUACCAGGUUACGUUAGCACUGGUCAUUAACUACGCAAAACAACCUCGGUGAUAUACAUCAUGCGCGAAGUAUAACUUUCCCAAAUACCAGGUAUAAGAAAUGCAAAUGGUGUAUCAAACAGUGGAUGUUAAUUAAACGGCUUUGUCACUAAAGCCGGAAACUUUUAAUGACCACCUUUGUGUCCUUCUGCACCGAACGUGCUUUCAAUUGUCAAAAUUCAAUGUUAUGAUACCAUCUAUUAAAAGGUUGUCAAGGUGAACUCUUCGGACAUAACACACAACUUUCAAGAAUAGAUUGUUUGAUGAGUUCAUAGGUAUCUAAAAGAUGUAAAUGUUUGUUUAGAAUGGUCGAAACUCACUUGACUCUUCGACUUUGCUAAAGGCACUUUAAUAAAAGCUGAUAAAAAAAAUUACAAACAAAGAUACUCAAAGUUAGAUUAGAUGGUGACUGAAAAUCGUGACGAAAGGCCCGAAAUUGAAACUUAGGAGACAGAAAUAGGAGCUAGUGGUUCGGUUUUUCUGACGAACGUACCGCGGUCACUUUACCUCCAAUAGAACACUUGGUAAAGGUAACUGGCCUUUUUGAUUAUUUGAUAUUCUGUUAGGAAGUUAUCAUCUGUCACACAUCGUCUAUAUAUUGCAGAUAGCUGCACUCACAUCAAGUCAAUUGGUAAGCCUGUGAUUCACAAUAAUAGGCUAUAUGAUCAAGGAGCAUGGAUGAAAGAUCCGCUAGGAAUCAUGGGUGCUGAGACCAUUUUCGUUAUGGAGUAUUACUCCGGGAGAAACGAGCUUGAAGAGUUUGAAAACAUGGCCAUGUUCAAAGCAGGCAUCCUUCGUAAGAAGUACAUACUGCCUUAUAACUGGGACGGAACAGGAGGAGUAGUGUAUGGACCUUACCUUUACUACAACAGGUAUAAACGUUAUUUAAAUAAAAUAAAUAAUGAUUUGGAGGUAGCACAUCCACAAAAUGGUUCUUCGUCUACCUGAUUCCUGGUCUAAUUGGAAUUUGGAAAUGUUGGUUUUUGAGGAGAGGGGAAGAGCGGAGUACCCGGAGAAACACCUCUCGGAGCAAAGGAGAGAACCAACAACAAAGUCAACCCACAUAUGGCGCCGACGCCGGGAUAUGAACCCGGGCCACAUUGGUGGGGGGCGAGUGCUCUCACCACUGCGCCAUCCCUUGUUCCUCGUUAUAAUAUUGUUUUAAUCUGAUUGAGUAUCGUCAACAGGAAAACAAGGGUUUAAAAGAUAAUCAUCACUAAAAGGUCGCAUAUAUAAAAAAAUUAAUCAAAGGUGUCUUUUCAUAACUGCGUGGACCAUUUUUUAAAAAAACUUAAUUCCGGGGCGCUGAUAAUAAGAAUUAGUGAUAGACCAGUUUACUGACGUAGUAUUUCCUAGUAAGGGAAAUCAAGAUCAUGACCUAUCCUCUUAUAACAUAGGGCUUCCUCAAUUGCAACUCAUGAUGUCUACACAUGCACAGCUGUCAGGGACGGCGGAGCGUAUUUUGUAUUCUUCGUUUUCACUGUCACGCAAUAAACACGGCUCAAAAAAAUAUAUUUGAAACCGUCCAGUGGAAGAAGCCAAGAAAAUGAAAUGUUAUAAAAAACUAAUAUAUAAACAAUUUGUCCAAAUCUCAGGUCUUUGUGGCCCACAGUUUCUGAGUUAGUUGCCGAAACAUUUCACACACCUUUGUAGAGCUUUGUAUGGAGACGCCAUAUUGGUGGACAGAAACUGUCCACCAAUAUGGCCGCCGGAAAUCAACAAAAACAUCUGGAGUUCACUUUUUCUAUAAAAGCUCCUCCUUUUCACUCGAGAACUAGCAUACUUGCGCAUAAACAUAUCUUCUAAUACUUGAAAUGGUUAAACUGCUGAAAAUCAAGCGGAGAGACUUUUUUCAAGGAGAUAGCAUUCCUAUUUUGGUGUCACGCACUGUGAAAACUCGGAAGUUCAAACUGCUGUAUUUUCGAAAUGAAACAUGCUUCGGGGCUGGAAACUUGUACAAAGAUUUAUUUCCUAUUAAUCUUCAACUUAGUGUAAAUAAGAAUUCGUACAACCUCGCUUUUUUGACUUUGCAAUCUGAUGACGUCACCAUGAAAACCAUCAAUUGGGGAGAGGGGGCGCUAACAAGCAAGCGCCGGAGACGCUAACUUGUAGGGGUUCUGGGGGAAUUCUCCGGCAGGAAAGUUUGAAAUCCUGAAGCUCGGAAAUGCUACUUUUAGCAUUCUCGACGAGAUAUCAAAAAAAUAAACGUGGAUCAACAGUAAAAUGACAGAUGUUUUACUUUUUAUUUGUUACUUGAUACAUAUAUAACUUAAUCAGAUAUAUUCCAGCCUUACGUAUAUUCCGGCCUUAGUGUGUAAACUAAAUUGUUUCAUUACAAAUGCUCGACGUAUGUAGCAAGAGGGAGAAUGUUCAAAAUUAGUGGUGUAAAAUCAAUUGUGUUACAUUAAGAUGCUAAUCUUGACAGCAUAUGACAAAUUUCAAGUAUAAAAUAAAUUGCAACGUUUUGACAAGUCGGAUUUUGACAAAUACGAUUUUCCUAACUCGUCCCUAGUCGUCUUUCGUUUUUAUUCACAAGCUGAAUAGUGAGAAUACUAAGGGAAAAGAACUGAGUUGAUUUGCUGGAGUAAAUUUCCUGUAACAAUGCAUGUACCGUAACAGCAAGAAAAAACAACAAGUACAACAGCUGAGGUCAGUAGUAGCAAAUUUGCCGACAUUCCUUUCAUGAUUCUCGUUCAGGGAUACAAACGAAUUUGCCACAGAAACUAAACAAAGCUUAUCAAAUCUAUGUUUAUGUGUGUUCAAAAUCGCGAGAUGGUUGAAACGUGCUUGCAACAUUUUUUAUUGAAGCCACCUCUUGAUUCAUCUGGCUUUCGAGAAGGACCUUUCCUCUGCUGCACUUGUAGCAGGAUUGACGUAAAUCAACUUGCAAACAACAAUGACGUGGUCGAUCAACUGUCGCUCGAUUGGCUGAAGAUCUUGGACCUCCCUCAAAAUGUCCUGAAAGAAGCGUAAAGGGACUCGCCGCAUGAGCACUUAAAUUUUACCUACAUCUGUUUGUCUUAAUGUUUUGCUCAUUUUGUUUUGUUUUUUCUUCUGUUAGUUUUCUUUUGUUAUGUUUUAUGGGAUUUUUAAUUGUUUGUAAUUUUUUAUUUAUUUUUAAAUUUUUAUUAUUUGCUUAAAAUUGGGAGGGUUAAAGCCCCUCCAGCCCCUCCGGCUCCGCCGUCCCUGGUUAUAUAAAUGGUAGAAACAUUCUCCACUGAUACUAACAAAUGGUGGUGUUUUUGUAUUGUUGUGGUAGAGAGGGUACGAACAAUAUCGUAAAGUACAAUUUGCGUACUGAAAGUGUGGAAAAGCAGAUAAGCUUGCCGGGUUCAGUGAGGAACACCUAUUACCAGUGGGGUCAGGGUUACACUCAAGUUGAUCUGGCAGUUGACGAACAAGGAUUGUGGGCCUUAUGGGGCUACAGUGGAAACAGCAACAAGCUAAGAGCGCAAAUGAUAGAUGUAUACAAAGGAUCCUUAACCCACGCUUGGGACUUAAAUUCAGGUACUCGACUUACGCCUUAUUAGAGCUCCUUAAGCUAAACACAAAAUGUCAUGAAAUGUAAAAGGGUUUCUGGAACUUGUUAGAUUCACCAUAAGUAAACUAAACCAUUGCUAUAACCUGUCAGUUAGCAAACGGUCGUCAUCAUCCUUUCCUCCAUCAAAUGUGCAUCCUUGUUCGCAAUUUCGUUACUUAGUUGAAUGAGUUUUUAUACUAUAGGUGGGCAUAAUACGUGUUUUAUUAUCUUACUCCGAGUUUCCAUUUAAUGUUAUUUUGCAGAAGUUAUGAGCUCAAUGGGAAAUGCAUUUGUGGCCUGUGGAGUGGUUUACUGUAUCGACAACUAUAAUUCAAAGUCCACGACCAUCAACUUUGCUUACGACACCAAAACUGGACGUUCAUGGAACCCCAACAUUCAGUUCACCAAUCAGUUCGGCUACAACUCCAUGGUGGACUACAACCCCAGUGAAAGAGUGCUGUACGCCUGGGACAAUAAGCGUUUGGUCACUUAUCCUAUCACUUUUAAGGAACGAUAG